AUGCUUGCAGCAUUGUAUACUCGCUCAGUCAAACAUACGAAUGUUUUCACAUUUCACACAACUUCUAUUGUCGCCAGUCCAAACGUGCUUGUUGUGUCGUCUGGUGGAUCAUAUCUUUGCUCAAUCAAUCAGGUGUCUCAUUCGAACUGUACGCACAAGGCGCAUCGUCUUGGCCAGUCCAAACGUGUCACUCAACAUCAAAUUCUCGAAGGGCAGCAAAUCAUCUUUGAUCUUGAACUUCCAAAAUCUUCUUCUUUUCGUGAACACCUGGAUUCUAUUGCCUUGUACAGAAAUUCUGAUGCCGAUGUACUGGCAAAAUGGCUCUAUGUAUUAUUAUUCGAUAAAGUCACAGUUCGCUGGAGGCUAGCUGUAACAACAGCCUCUGAUGCGUUGCUGGUUUGCCGUCUUGAUGCUCAAUUUCUGGAUGUAGAUAUUGCACGUUUCUUGGCAUUACGUGGGAUUCCAUUCCGCACUUUGCUGACUGAGCUGCUUAUGCCGCGCUCAAUAUUGUACCCCGAUGUUGAGUUAUUUCUUCCACAGCAUCCUGCCGGAUACCACUUUACCAAAUUGGAUUAUGAGGCAUAUCUGCAAUGUCGAUCACGAAUUCUUCGACGUCCCCGCGUACGGGCAGCUAUCCUUCAUGGUGGUUUUUUGUGA